GGGGCGUUGUUAUAAACAAAUGAAAAGGAUUUUUUAGUCUCUCCAUUCUAAUUCGAAAUCCACCGAAUAAAUUAUUUUAUUUUGCAAUGAAUUACAAUUCUGGAUUCUGAAAUUGUAAAUUAUUAUAUUUUUAAUUAUUUACUGAAAUUUCCGUAAAAUAGUUUGAAAUAAGGCGAUGGUAGUAGCUUCAGUUAACUAGCCCUGGCUAGGCCGACCUGCAAGCCAUCAACUGAAUUGAAAGAUAGAAGCAGGAUCGGGGGAGAAACUUGACUGACGCGAGGAGAUCAACAUGGCUGACUCAUCGAACCCUACAUCCAGUCCAACCAGUACGCAGCUUCCGGUGUCCAUCAUUCUUGUGAUAGCCAUCGGUGCUUACAUGUUAGUCAUUGUUGCCUUGUUAUUACUUAGGCAAUUUCUUGUGGCUAGAGGAAGUUGUGGAGAGUGUGCCCCUUGUGGUAAGGAGGAUGGUUCAUUCCAGUGCUGUGAUUGUUGGGUAAGCCUUGCUGAAGCAUGUAACUGCUGUGCUUAUCCAAAUAGAAGGAGCUGUUUAGAUUCUCUGUGUGGACCGCCUUCAAAUCGCUGCACAUUAACAAGAUGUUUUUCUUGUGCUGCUUGCGAAAGUGACGAAUGUUGUGGUCCGGAUUCUGGCUGCAAUAUCAAUUUUUAGCAUGAAGAGCCAACUCAGUGUGGUGGAUGCGACUUCGCCUGCAAGGCUCCGGAGUGCGAGUGCGCUGAGAUUGAUUGCUGUUGCUUUAAAAUGCAGUUCAGCACUUCUUGACGAAUCGGAUUCAAAGAAUUCAUUUCGCUACAGCUUUGAUAGUCAGAUCAGCUAUACUGCACGGUGCUAUUAUACGGUAUAUUUCAUUAACAAAUAAUGGACUUGGAGAUAAAAUACCAAAUAUUAUGUUAUUUUUGAGAUGAUGUUUUUGAUAUUGUAUUUAAAAUAUAAUUGCUUCUGCUAGACUUUUUGUAAUUAAUUUUAAAUUUAAUUUUAAAUACAAUAAUUAACUUUAACUGGAUGGCUAAGCAUAUUUGUAAACAGUGCCUUUGAUAGAUAUAUCAGCUACAAAUUGCACUGAUACAAAAAGAGAGGCGACUUCUAUAUUCUUCUUAAUAAUUUGACCAAACAAUUUGUAUUUUUUAUUUAUCCCAACUGAGGAUAUGUUUUGGUCAGUGGUGUAACGUCUGUGAGCUCUCGGAGGCAAAGUGAAAGGGCUCCGAAUCCUAGUUUGAACAGAGUUGUGGUAUAAUUUUUUACUCUUUGAAUGGUGCCUUUUAAAUAAAUGUAAAUAAAACGAUUGAUGGAACUUCAAAGAUCAGGCUUCAACCAAUAUCAAAUACCAAAAGAUAUCAAAUGAAUGAUGAUGCACAAUUUGUCGAUUUUUGUGUGAAAACAAAAAACACGUUAUAUUUUCAUUGCGGAUUUUUUGGGCUCAGUACAGACUCUAAACGUACGCAUUUUCUUUUAGUUUUAAGGCGUAUGCGGAUUUUAUAAGUCCGCAAUGACGUUAUAACGUGAUAAAAGUUGAUUUAUGGUUAAAUACUCAAUAGUUGAUUACUUUAAAUGACAUCUUUUCAGUGAUUUGUUUUAGUUAGAACACUAUCCACACCUCGGACACUUUGUGAGUGAAAAUAUCUUACUGACACAGAGUCCGCAACAUUUCUCGCCCUGGGCCCCAUUUAACAUUUUUCUCCAACUUAAUGCUUAAGCCUCAUGGACAUCAGUUAACAUUUCAUUAGAGUAAUUUAGCUUUCUGGUCAAAAUGGCAAUAAGUCAAAACGGCAAUGACCAAAACGGUAAAAAAUCACAACGUCAACACUUUUUGACUGGAAUAGCAAUGGAACGGCAAUAGGCCUAGUCAAAACGGCAAUAAACCAAAAUAGUCUAUGAAAGUUUUCUUUAAGAAUUAAAACAUAUUUUCAAUGUGGCCCUACAUAAAACCAAUUAUAAACAAAGUGUACACGCUUAAUACGGUAAACCAUGAGGCUAAAUUGUCAUAGGAUUAAAACUUUAAAAUACAGACAAAAUGAGGCUAAACAAUUUAUGUCAUAAAAGUUACAAACGCGAAAUUAUAAACCAUGUUAAAUAGGGUAAAAAAUGAGGCUACAUUGUCAUAGAAGUAAAAAACGCGAAAGAACGACAAUCAAACAAUAAUAAUAACAAUAAUUAAAUUGAAUAAUAAUAUAAAAUUCAAUAAUAGAAAGAUUGCAUGAACCAUCUAAAUAAUUCGUCAUAGAUGUGUAAAAAAAAAAAAAAAACCUGAUUAAACAUAAAGCGGCAAAAAGAGCCCAUGGCAAUGUUCGAUUUCCCUAUCGGGACAAUUUCAAAAUGAUUCAUAAAAUUAUAAACUGCAGUGCACCCUCGGUAGCGCUAGUUUUGGUAUUCAUUUCGCUCCUUUGCCGUUUAGGUCUAUGCCCCUAUUGCUGUUUUGGUUCAUUGCCGUUUUGGUUAUUACCGUUUUGGUUUAUUGCCGUUUUGACCUGCUACCGUAAUUUAGACACCGUAAAAUUUCAUACACCAUAACUUUGAGUCGCUUGAAAUUAUAUACCGGUACUGUACAUAAAAAUAACAAACGCAAACAUUAAUUUGCAACGGUUUGGUGAUGUCACUUAGCGUAUUAAAGCCUAGACACUGUCCUAAACUUCUUUGAUUAGAGUAAUUGAACAGCCACAUGUGUCCCCAGACCGUGUCCCCAGACAUUACUCGUGUAAAACAAAUGACAGUGAGGCAGUAGACACUUUGUUAUCGUCUGGCAGUUGACCUUGUAAGAGUAAAUCCGGUGGAGGAAUGAUGGGAUAGGUCAUGAGGUAAAGAUAAAGACUGAAUUCAUGAAAUGUAAUUAAUGCUGGUCAUGUAGUUGUGCAUAAGGUUUUUGAAUUUUUUUGGGGGGGUGGGGCGGCAGGGUUUGUGAAUAUUGAGCUCGUACGAGAUACACAAUGUUGUAUGAUAUGGUGCAUAUAUGAUCUAAUCAAAAUUUUGUAGAAUUUCAUGCUAGAGACGAUUUCCUUAAUGGGAAGGCCGAUUUCCCCAACGAUAGCAUAAAUGGACAAACUUGCAUAGUAAUCACAGCCCUGGUUUUUAAUAUUAAAAUAAUGGACUGUGACAUCACUGUAAUAUUAUGUAGAGUAUUAUUAUUUAGUUUUGUUCGGAAUUAAUUUAUGUAUAUAAAAAAAUAAUUAUUUAUAUGUUUGAAGUGAAUGGUGUGGUACCUGUACUGUAUUAUGUGUCUGAAUUAGAGUUAAUUUAUAAAAACAUUUGGCUACAUAAUAGCUUUGAAGAAUCUUUGAAUGUGUACAUUAUCAGUUAUCGGCAAAUUCCUGCUGCUCCAAACAAACUUGAAAUACCAUUUGAACUAUCAGUAUAGGCCUAUUCUUAGUAUCAAACGUAGGUCAAGUUCGUAUGUGAGGCCUAAUUGAUAACCUAUUUUUUAUUUUGGUUGUUAAUUUACUUAGGGGUAAGUAUUUUAUUUUUAUUGUAAAGCGCUAUGGUAUUGAAAUACCUUGUCACGAUUUUAUCGGAUACAUCUAAAAUAAGUUCAUGCUUCUUAGUACCAAAGUGGUAAUUGAUGCUUACUAAUUAUUACAUUUUGGUUACUUAUAAUUACUGUACUUAAAAUAUGUUUGUUCAUUUUUAUGUUAAAGUGCUACGAUUCCGACGUAUAGCAACGCUUUAUAAGAUGAAUGCGUACCAUCUGUUAAGAGGACGUAUUCCGGUUUAAGGGAUAGAUAGUGUUCUGUGUUAUUUACUGAAUUACAAUACUGAAUUUUAAUCCCACUGUCAUAGUUUUACGGAGUAUUCUUCACUACCACCGUAAUGAUGGUCGAGCUGUAAAUUCGAAUAAACUCUCCGGGGCGUUAUUGAUGAGAAGAGUUUUGAGGGGGAGUGUACGGUAUUCGAGGGAGACGUUUUAGGGGGUUAUUGUGGGUUUUUUUUUGUUUUUUUUGGUGUAAGGUGACGUAUAUACUCAAAUAAACGCCCUUAAUUUCACUGUAAAUGUGGUGAGGAUUAUGUUGGUUCCAUUAGUUUGGUUUACAGUCAAUUAGGCGUUUAUUGGAGGAAAAAUUAGGCGUUUAUUCCAAAUGAGCCUCUGAAUAGUGUGUUUAUUCGAGGGGUGCGAUUAUUCAAAGCUGGGAGUUUAUUCGAAUAAAUACUGUACUGUGAUUUUUUUGGUGUAAAAUAUUCACCUUGAUUCAGACGAUGAGAUGGGUACAGUGCAAUAAACAUAGCAACCACCUGUAUGUGUAUUCAGCUCUAAUAAUAAAAGAUUCGUACUUCGUAAA